GCCCAGCUCCAGAGCAUGCUGCGGCGGGCAGCCGCCGAGCGGCAGCUGCGGGCGGCGCUGGCGGCGCUGGGGAACGGGCGCUCCGCGACCCAGGACGGGGACUUCUCGGCGGCGGGGUCCCUCAAGUCGCGGAGAAGCCUCAAGGACGCGGUGGUGGAGUUGGAGGCCCUGCAGGCGCGCCUCGGCGAGAGCAUCCGGCUCCUAGAGAAGCCCCUCGAGGAGGCGCGCGCAGCCGGCGUGGCGGCGGCGAGCACCGCGCCCGCGGAGGCGCGCCUGGCGGCGCUGCACGCCGAGAAGCGCCGCCUGGACGCCACCGUGGCGCUGCAGGGGGCGCUCGAGGCCCAGGACAUCGACGGCGUCAAGGCGGCUCUGGAGGAGGCGCAUGCGGCGAAGGUCAAGGACGCGAUGGUGAGGAUGGCCGAGGAGGAGUUGAAGCAGAUGAUGAAGGAGGCGGAGGUAGCCAACGACAAGAUGGCCAUGCUCAAGCUCCAGCUGGGGUCCGCCGUGCAGGCGAGGCUGCAGGCCGAGCAGGCGCAGACGUCCGCGGAGGUUGCGGCAAUGCUGGACCACAGGGGCAUCGUCGUGAAGCUGGGAGCGCUCAUCGAGGAGGCGAGGGAGGUCAAGUUCAUCAAGAAGAAGGAGCUGCAGAAGGUAGAGACCGUGCUCAGCGAGGUGACCACGGCCCUGAAGCGCACCCUGGAGGAGAAGCAGCUGAUGGAGAAGAGGCGGGAGGAGGAGGCCCUGGCGGCCGCGGGGGAGAGAGCCCGCACGGCCUCCCCACUGACGCACCUGGUCCUCGCCUCGCUGAAGAUGGCCAUCGCGCAGGCCCUGGAGUGGGCCGUGAGCGUCGAGAAGGCCGAGGCCUUGCUUGCGAGGCUGAGCACCGACCACGAGCGCCUCGUGGCCGAGGCCAAGGAGGAGCUGGCCGCCUCGAUCGGCAGCGGGAACCCCGCGCUCAUCACGGCCAGGAUCGACCGGUGCCAGGCCAUGCUGUUGCCCGACGAGGUGGUUGUCGAUGCGGUCGGGAAGCUGGACGAAGCGAUCAGGGCCAUCAUCCAGAAGUCGUUCAAGGACCCGAGCAGGGAGAAGCGGCUGGCGACGGUCACACACUGCCAGAGGCUCGUCGAGCUGAUGCGCGAGCACGGAAUCACCAAGGACCUCAGGCAGCUGCACAACGACAUCCAGGACCUCGACCUCAAGGGCGGGCUGCGCGUCUUCUGCCGCAUCCGGCCGAUCAGCUCCAAGGAGGGCCAGCGGGGCGACGAAGUGGCGGUGCGCGCGGAGGACGCGCUGCACGUGUCGGUGCUGGACCGCGGCCAGAGGCAGUCCUUCUGCUACGACACGGUCUUCGGGCCGGAGUCCUCCCAGGACGAUCGGUGUUCGCGGACUGCCGGAGCUUGGUCCAGAGCGCUUUGGACGGCUACAACGUCACCAUUUUUUGCUACGGACAGACGGGCGCGGGCAAGACGUGGACCCUGUACGGGAGCGGCAAGGAACCGGGCGUCUCGCCGCGGACCUGCGAGGAGGUGUUCGCCAUGAUCGAGCGCGACAGGGACAAGUACGAGGCCGAGGUAAAGGCCUCCAUGGUCGAGCUAUAUGUCAACGACCUGCGCGAUCUGCUCACGACGGAGAGGGAGCCCCCCAAGCUCGACUUCAAGAGCGUCCGCCAGGGCGACGGGAGCGUGUCCGUACAGCUGGACGGCGUCGUGGAGAGGCCGGCCACCAGCGCGAAGGAUCUCGCCAAAACGAUCGGGGACGGGCUGUCAAAGCGCAAGGUCCAGGCCACCAACAUGAACGCCGUGUCCUCGAGGUCUCACCUGAUGUUCAUCAUCAAGCUGCAGAUCACGGAUCGCAUCACUGGGAGGAGCCGCCCGGGUAAGAUCACUUUGGUCGACAUGGCGGGAAGCGAGCGGUUGGCGAAGAGCGGCGUCAGCGGCGAGGGCGCGAAGGAGGCGAUCGAGAUCAACAAGUCGCUCACGGCGCUGGGCGACGUGAUGGGAGCGCUCACCGCGAAGGCGAAGGUGAUCCCGUACAGGAACCACAAGCUCACGCAGCUUAUGCAGGACAGCCUGGGCGGCCAGGCGAAAACGCUGAUGUUCGUCAAUCUCUCCCCGUCGUCCUACAACUCCGACGAGACCAUCUGCGCCCUCAAGUACGCGACGCGCGCCCGCAGCAUUGAGAAUACGGUCGUGCGGCGGGGGGAUUAG